AUGUGCUACCGCCAAUCCAUCGAGUGGAAAUGCCCCGACUGCGGCAAGAAGGCGCGCGAAAACUCGCUGGCGCACACCCAAUGCCCCAACAGCGGCGGCACAUGCCAGAAGAUCCAGCUCAAGCUGCGGCCCCAGAUGAGGUUCACGCGUCGUCCGUGCGCAAAGUGUGAGCCGGUGCCUCCAAUGCCGAUGCGGCGCAUCAGGAACAAGAUCUCUCGUGGCGGAAACGUGGCGCAGGUCGUGGUGAUGAUGGAUCCGUUUGAUGGGGAUGAUGAGAUGGGAGUAUUGACUGCCACGGCUCCUGCCACUGCCACUGCCGCCGCCACCGGUCCGGAGCAGAAGCAGAAGCAGAAGCGCAACGAGGUCAAAGACAAAGAUUCAAUGGUGCAUGAUGAGAAGCUGGUCUUGAAGACACACCACGCCGAGCAGCACGCCGAAGCAACAGCACCUCAACACAAACAGGAAGAGCACGGAGUCGAGCAUUGUGCUACCGCUGCAGUCCACCUUGGAGAGCCAGACAUCACAGAAAGUGCACGGAAGCUCGUCAUGUCAUCCGGCGAUGGUGAGCGUCUGCAUGAGCACCGACCACUCGAGUUCCGUCCCCGCCACUGCAGCAAGAUCUGCCGCCCUCGCCACGCCGUGCAAGAGCACCAUGGUCUCCCACUCUCCGCACCAUCCGCUACCGUCCUCAACAACUGGUUCAGAAUCGUUUGA